GUUCUUGGUGCGUUUGACGAAUUUGACGAUGCCUGCCACUCUCCCAGGAAUCGCAGAAACGAGGCGAGGUUGGGUGCAUCCCAGACUCCAGCUACUGUGUGGUCUGUCCAUGAAGAGUCAUGGCGCCCCCCUGUGGAGGGGAGGGCAUUCUUGACCUCCCUUCCCCUCUCAGCGCAAAGUGACAUGCAUCCUUCAAAGUGUGCAGCAAGGCAGGAGCAAAGUGGAAGGGAGUGAGACGGAGAGAAAGGAUGGGGGAGGAGGAGGAGGAGAGUGACAUGCUGCAGGGUGGGGGGGCUCAGAGCACCAAGCUGUUGUAUUAAUCUGCAAAUUUUCUCAGAUGACGCAAGGACUGCGACUUUGCCUCCCGUCCCCUCUUCAUCUCCACAUCCCCACUCCCCGAGUUCCCUCCCGAUGCCUCACUCUUGUUGGAUGGGAGACAGCGACGCACAUCAGGCAGGAUGACAAACAAACCAGCCACCAACCAAUCCAACACCGCAAAGGAGAAGGAAGAAUCGCAGCGUGAUGACAACACAGAUGUAGCCUACAAAGAUGCAGGCCACUGCAGCCGCAGUACUCACAACCUCCUUCUGGGUCUCACUGUCCUCGGUGUCGUUAUGGGGGUGGUGUUUGGGAUGCUGCUGCGGUACAUGAUGGUGACAGACUUGUCCGCCCUCACUAUGGUUUCCUUUCCUGGAGAAGUCCUGAUGAGAAUGCUGAAGAUGCUCAUCCUGCCUCUGAUCAUCUCCAGCCUCAUCACAGGUCUCGCCGGUCUUGAUGCUCGUUCUAGUGGCAGGAUGGGAAGCAGAGCCAUGGUGUACUACAUGUCCACCACUGUAAUCGCUGCCGUUCUGGGGGUGAUCCUGGUGCUGGGAAUCCACCCGGGUAACCCCAAGCUGAGGGGAAGAACCGCAUCCACAGCAACAAAGAACCAGGAGGUCAGCAGCCUGGAUGCCUUCCUGGAUCUGAUUAGGAACCUGUUCCCCGAGAAUCUGGUGCAGGCCUGCAUCCAACAGGUUCAGACGGUGGUGAAAACAGUGCAGGUGGUUCCGUCAAACCAAUCUGAGGCCGUCUCAGUGGUUAAAAAAAAACUGGAAUACAAAUGGGGGAUGAAUGUCCUCGGCUUGAUUGGCUUCUUCAUCACCUUUGGCAUCUGCAUGGGCAGGAUGGGCGAGCGGGGCAAGAUCAUGUGUGACUUCUUCAACAUCUUGAAUGAAAUAAUCAUGACGAUGGUCUCCAUGAUCAUGUGGUACUCCCCUGUUGGCAUUUCCUCCCUGAUUGCAGGAAAGAUCGCAGCUAUUGGAGACUUGGAGACGGUAGCCAGGCAGCUGGGCAUGUACAUGGUGACCGUCAUCGUGGGUCUCGUGAUCCACGGCGGCUUGAUCCUCCCCGCCAUUUUCUUCGCCAUCACCAGAAAAAGCCCUUUUGCCUUCUACUCUGGAAUCUUCCAGGCAUGGAUCACAGCUCUGGGCACUGCGAGCAGCGCUGGGACAUUGCCGGUCACUUUUCGCUGUCUGGAGGAAAACCUGAAGAUUGAUAAGCGCGUGACCCGCUUCGUGCUGCCCAUAGGUGCCACCAUCAACAUGGACGGCACCGCUCUGUAUGAGGCUGUGGCGGCCAUCUUCAUCGCCCAGAUGAACGACAUAAACCUGGACAGUGGACAAAUUGUCACAGUCAGUAUGACUGCCACCCUGGCCAGUGUUGGAGCUGCCAGCAUUCCCAGCGCCGGACUGGUAACCAUGCUGCUGAUCCUGACGGCCGUCGGCCUGCCAACCCAGGACAUCAGCCUGCUGAUUGCUGUCGACUGGCUGCUGGACAGAAUGCGCACCUCCAUCAAUGUGGUGGGCGACUCUUUCGGUGCUGGGAUCGUGUAUCACUUAUCCAAAGGGGAGCUGGCUGAUCUGGAUGCAGCAGAGAUGCAAUUGCUCCAUCCGGAAGGGGAGCUGGAUUUCAUCCCUCCUCCUCCCAUUCUCACUGAGAUGGACCUGGUUGACCCUCUCAAACCGCCGGAGCUGCCGCCCCGCUCUCCGCGCCCCCAUAAACUAAACCACCACAGCCACAUUGCCUCCCAGUCCAUCCCUCAUUCGCCGUCUUGUUCUAUCCGAUCCCCGUCACCUCACUCCAUCCGUUCUCCCUCCCCGCGCUCCGUCUGCUCCCAUUCUCCUCGACCUCUCCGUACUCAUUCGCCCCGCCUGCUCCGCAGGACGGAGCAGGGCUACAGCCCCCUGCCCACCUAUGACAACCAGAUUUCCAUGCCGCCGCGCUCGCACCGAGAGCGGGAACGAGAGCGGCAACGUGAGCGGCAACGUGAGCGGGAGCAACUGAGGCGAGAAAGCGAAACCGAAGAGGACGAAGAGCGAGACCGGGUUCUGUGUGAGCUCAGCGACGGCGAGGAGAGUGACGAUACCGCUUACGAUCGACGACACACCAUCCCGCCGUGUGACCUGCCGUGAUUCGAUUUAAUCAGAAUUAGGCUUUUCCCGAAAUGUCUUGGUUUUAACCCCGAUUUUUCUCCUUUCUGGAUCUUUGUUUGGAUCCAGAAAAGGGAAUUUGACUGAAUAUCUAAACAAUAUUUAUAUUAUCUGAAUGCGGGAGAAUGAGUAAAUUAAUUCAGAAAACGAUUUCAGAGAAACUAUAAAUAAAGAAGUUUGUUUUGAUUUAAAAGAGCACUACUUUACCAAAGUAAAGUUCUGGUUUGCUGAAUCAAAUCUUCAUGAAACAAGUUCUUACAGGUUUGUUUAGAGUGAUUUUGUCCUGAUUUACAUCUGCAAUAAAAACUAACUGGUUUGAUGUUUCCUGUUACCUGAACGUUUUCAACUUCCUGGAUUGUUAUUAUCAAUAUAAACAUGUUAACGCCUCAGUGGUGUUGACUAGUUCUGUGUCCAUUUUCAGUGACAGUUUUUUGAUUUUUUUUUUUUUCAGAAGUCCGAUGCCAAGAAAUGAUUCCAAUUAAGAAAACACAAGGAGUGCAGAAAAAACAGUCUGACCGUCUAAUCAAAAUAUCAGCUGUAAAGAGAGUAGUUCGAUACCCGAAAACACUUUAAAAAUCGGGUAACACAGAAAGCUUUCUAGAGUUUCCUCUGGCCACUCUUCAGGUAAAUACACAGAAGUAUAGAAGUUAAAAUGUUCAGCUUUUUUCUCUAAAUUUAAGUUUUAAAUUGGGUUUUCCUGUCUUUUAGGAGUUAAAACGUUUCACUAAGUUUUAACUGGAUGCCGUUGGUCUGUUUAUAAUUGUACAUUUGAUUCAAAAGAAUCUUUUUUUUCUUCUUUUUUUGUAAAUGUUAAGUUUUGUAUGGAUAAAACUUAAAACAGCUGGGAUUUUGGUUUCAGUUGGUGGCUAGAAACCAAGCUGUUGUAGCACGCAGCUGGUUCCUUCAGUGGGACGUUCUCUCAAAGCUCUGAGGGAGAUGGAAAGGUUUCGUGGUUCUGAUUAGUAAUUUUCUACAGUUCUCCACCUUCCUGCGUCUUUUUCAUUCUCAUCCUUUGCUCUCUUCCUCUUUUCUCCUGCUGCAGUCACUGUUUCUGUUAAUAUUGUCAGAAAUCUAAAAGUUAUUUUUGUGUGUGUGUGUGUGUGUGUUUAUGGUAGGGUGUGUGCAAUCAUGCGUAUUACAAAAAUGCUGUUUAAAUUCUUAUGUUUGCAUAUGUUAGUUUUAUUUCUUGGACUUUCAUCUCUGCGAAUUACUUUCUUGAUCUCCUCUGCCUUUUUAUUUCAAACUAUGUCCCUCAAUAGAUGAGAUUUCCUUCAGAUUCAGCGGUUGGUGCAGGUGGUGUGUAUAUUGUAUGUAAUAAUAAUGAUAAUACUAAUAAUAUUGUAUGUAAUAAAAUCUAAGAGCUCUAUUUGAAGUUA